ACAUCAGAAGGCUCUUCACUGACACCUGGUGAAAUAAAAGGAUAUAAUGAACGGGAGACGAGAGGUUUCCUAUUACCAUAGGAACAAGAGUAAACACGGAAGUUAAUACAGUAGGCUAUGGAUGUUUUAAACUGGUGGAAAUAGCCAACACCUAUCUGCAAACAGUUAAUUCUCCUGUAAGAAUCCCGCAACAAGAUGCCCAAGUUUGAGGAGCUAGAAGCCCAUUCAUCCUGCCGUGUCCACUGCCCCUCCACUCCUAUAACUCCUGUCCCCAGCAACCUGAUUGCCAAAAGAUACAGCAUCCUACAGAGAUUGGGCAGAGGGAGUUUUAGCACUGUUUACCUCGUUCAAGACACUAGAGCAAGGGAUGGGGAGAAACUUAAGGUGCUGAAGGAGAUCCCUCUGGGGGACCUGCGUCCUAACGAGACAGUCCAGGCAUCCCAGGAGGCUCAGCUCCUGUCCCAGCUCCACCACCCAGCCAUCAUCACUUUCUACAGCAGCUUUCUGCAUAGAGACUCCUUCUGCAUCAUCACUGAGUACUGUGAGGACAGGGACUUGGACUGUCAUCUGGAGGAAGUGAGAGAAGCAGAGCAGAGCUUGCCUGAGACCCAGGUCACUGAUUGGCUGAUCCAGCUGCUGCUUGGACUCCACUACAUGCAUAACAGGCACAUCCUCCACAGAGAUCUGAAGGCCAAAAAUAUCUUCCUGAAAAGGAACAUAGUUAAAAUCGGUGAUUUUGGGGUGUCCUGUCUGCUGAUGGGGUCAUGUGACCUGGCCACCACCUUCACGGGCACGCCUUACUACAUGAGCCCUGAAGUCCUGAACCACCACGGUUACGACUCCAAGUCUGAUAUCUGGGCCAUAGGCUGUAUCCUGUAUGAGAUGUGUUGCCUGUCACACGCCUUUGAAGGACACAACUUCUUGUCAGUUGUGAUGAAGAUAGUGGAGGGAGAAACUCCCAGACUGACAGCCAGAUACUCUCUGGAGCUCAACACACUCAUGCAAAGGAUGCUGGAGAAAACCCCGUCAUCCAGGCUCUCUGCUGCAGAAGCUCUGAAGACAAAAUUCAUUGAGGACAGUAUGCAGAUCUUAAAACACAAGUUCUGUAGUCUGACACUGAGAGACAAGACAUCGGCUGGAGAAAGAGACGCAGCACAGAUAUUGAAAGCGGUGUAA